AUGGGCGGCAAUCUUUCCUCCACAUUCGUUCCAGACCUUUCGGGCGUCGUCCUCAGCCCCGAAGACAAAAACUCAGACCUUCACCUCGCCGUCUUCUGGGGUGCCUCUCUCUACGCUUGCGCCAUGAUCUUUGCUACAUGCGCCCUCGUCGACCGCUGGAAAGGCCCUUACGACCGCGUUCGGACGACGGGAGGUUCUGUAAUCGGAGCCCUGUUAUUAUCUACGGCUUGGCCUGUCGUCAUGGCGUAUUUGCUGUUUAAUCCCGCGUAUGCCGAUUGA